CCAGGUUUAAAUUUAAUAAUAAAUAAAUGUUUAAGGUAUUAGAUAAAUAAUAAGUACAAAUGGAAAGUGGAAUAAUAAGUGAAAGCUGAAUGAACUUUACCUAAAUGUUCCAUGUGAUAACUAAUGGAACCUUCUUAAUUAUUAUUGAAUCGCUUACGAGUUUGUAUACAAAUAGAAAAUAAUAGAUCUCUAUCAUUUGCGAUUUUUCUAUUCAGAUACAUUUAAUUUCAAAUUUUAAAACUAAUAUAAUCAUUUUCCAUACAAGUUAAUUCAUAAACACAAAGCCAUUAAUUAUCUAACUCGAGAACAACAUAAUAACAACAAGCACCGCCCAGUCAUCUCAGAGCCCACAUACAGAAAACACCGUAUUAAAUUGCCACGGUAAAUGCAUUCGCACAAAAUCCAUCAAGAAUCAUAUUAUUGCGUUACCUAUACAAAGUGAUUGUCACUCCGGACACAUGGCGUCAGGGGACGGUGGGCGGCGCCAUUCAAACCACGCCUCUAGCCGCCGAUAAGGCUCAAAUCUCAAGCGAAUCCCAUCGAUUCUCAACCUUAAACACACUAAAACCAAGUUAAAGGCGCGUCGAGUGUGAUACUGGUUUAAAACACACUAGCUCUCCGGAGCGCUCGCACGCUCCGCGGUUCGGGGAUCGGUUUUCGUUUUUGAAGUUUGUGUAAUGUUUUUUUAACCGGGACGAUGGAAGUAAGUGCAAUGCCGCCGAUGCCGUUGGACUUUUCUAUGGUGAGGAGUGGCUCGCCUGGCGGCAGCCUCAGGGAGUCGCCGAGAAGUGGCUCCAAUAGCGCCUUUAGAGUUGUCACCCCAAAGGGAAUUCUAGCGAGUGAGGCUCUUCGGAACAGCCUAGGCCAAAACACCUGGUCACCAGUUCCUCGGCCGGAGCCGAGGGCAUCUCCUCCUUCACACCAUGACGUCUAUCCUGUCAGAGAGGAAAUCAAGUUCGGCAUCAACCGUUUGGUCAGCGAGAAAACCGACGAGGAAGAAGAUGAGCAACAUAACGAAAUCCCGAGACCCGAGGGCGUUUCCCCCAAUUCACGCUGCGGCAGCUCAUGCUGGCCCCCGUCUCCGCAAUCCCCCAGAUCAGUCCGGUCAAGUUCUCCUGAACUCGAAGUGGAUUCCCCUCCUUCUUCGCCAAGAAGACCUCCAGAUUCCUCGCCUCCCCCGAGAAGAUCCGAGUCGUUUUCUGUCAGUGCUCUCUUAAGACCUGAUGCACCUCGAGUCCAGCCGCAGCGGCCUUUCUUAUACCCUCAUCUGCCUUUCGCGGAAUUCCUCCGAGACGCUGGGAGUCUUGGUAUACCUUGGGGAGGUUACAGUAACCUGUACCUCCACGCAGUGCAAGCCGCUGGUCCGGAGUUCCUUCGGCUCCGAGCAGCUGUGCUAGGAGCUCCCGGGCCUCUCUCGAGACCUCUGCCCAUCGGGGACGUAUACUCGUGUGUGAAGUGUGAGAAAAUGUUCAGCACCCCGCACGGCCUGGAAGUGCACGCGAGACGGUCGCAUAAUGGCAAGAGGCCAUUUGCUUGCGAAAUGUGCAGUAAAACGUUCGGGCACGAGAUCAGUCUUAGUCAACACAGGGCUGUCCACAGCGUAGAAAAGGUGUUCGAAUGCAAGCAAUGCGGCAAGACCUUCAAGCGAUCCAGCACACUGUCUACCCACCUGCUCAUCCACUCCGACACUAGGCCCUACCCAUGCCAGUACUGCGGGAAGCGGUUCCACCAGAAAUCUGACAUGAAGAAGCACACUUAUAUACAUACUGGCGAGAAACCCCACAAAUGCCAAGUAUGCGGCAAAGCGUUCAGCCAGAGCUCCAACCUCAUCACGCACUCACGAAAGCACACCGGCUUCAAGCCCUUUGCGUGCGAACUUUGCGGACGGGCGUUCCAACGCAAAGUGGACUUGCGUAGACACAGAGAGACGCAACAUGCGGACCUUAGACAUGUACCGCAUACUGAUGUGCAUGGUAUGCACGCGGAGAUGAUGCCGGAACAUAGAAUAGACCUCCACCCGCCGCACCCCGAGAUGCGGCAGCACCCCGACUUCAGACCGCCGCACGCGCCCGCGCCGCUCCAGCCGCUCGCCUCCUGAACGGCGACCGCCUUCGCGCCGCCCAGCUGGCGCUGAGGCAAUCGCGACCCUGUAGCCAUCUGCACAGAGUUUAAAAUAGAACAACAGUGAUUCUAAACCAUAAGAGUUCCGCGUUUACCUACUAGUAGUGAGGCGAUAUCGACCCUGUGGCAAUGUGCGCAGAGUUUGUAAUAGAACAACAGUGAUUCUAAACUAGCUGAAUAUCUUGUGUACCAACUGGCGCUGAGGCAAUCGCGACUCUGUGACGAAGUGCACAGAGUAUGAAACAGAACAGUGCCUCUAGACUAUUGGAGUCUCUCGUACUAACUGGCGCUGAGGUAAUAGCGACUCUGUGGCGAUCACGAUAGAGUCUGCAAUGGAACAACGUGAUUUUUAGAGACUAUUGAAAUGUAUUUUUUGGAUCCACGUUCGAAAAAUGAUACUAAGGCAAUUUCAACCCUGUGACCUUACAACAUUUUACUUAAGCUAUUUUUUUCAUUAUAUCAAAAUAUUUUACCCUUACCAUAUAGGAACAUUAUGUAAAAAAAAUCCAAAGAUUACCAAAAUACAAUUAGGUAAUUAUUUAUUGUUCAAUAACCUGAUACGAGUAACUACACGCUACGGUUUUCCAAAGAUUAUUGUUUUAAGACAUUUAACUUAGUUGUGACAAGUUGAUGUACAAAAGUAAAGUUCUCAUAAUUAAACCGUGCUAAUUUAUAAUUUUAUUUAGAUUGAACUAGAUUAUGAUGUAUAAAAAAAAGUGAAACCAAACUUCGUAAGUGACAAAUUAAAUGGUCCGAGGUCUGGGCCCACAAAAUAUUGUUAAAAACUGCUGUUUAAUAUUUAGCUGAUUUUAGGAUAAAACAUAUAUUGUGAAGGCUUCGUGCAUGUGAGUUUUUGAUCUCCUUUUAAUUAAUAUUGUUAAAUGCGAAUAAAAUGUGUAAGUAGACUGAUAAAUGCCAUUCCAAAUAUUAUAUCUUGAGAAUGUUGUCUUUGAUUUUUGACUUAGUUUUAUAUAAAUUCCGAAUAAGUCAUUCCAGUUGAGUUCUUUACUCAUGUUCACCAAGUUAUUGUUAUGCUAAGAAUGAUCAGAUAAAAAUAAUUCACAGAAAACUUGAAAAAAAGUUAUACAAGUAAUAUGUAAAAACGGCCCGAUUCGAACUUUUAGAUAGGUCAGUGGGACGACACUCCUCCUUUCGGCUUUUGUCGGCUCCGCUCGGCUCAGCGCUGCUCCGAGCAAUUAUUAGGGUUGGCACAACUUGACGUCCCUAUACGUUCACGACCACAGAUAAGAUAAUGACUUGAAUUUUGACAACCCUAAAUAACCGCAAGGUAUAGUGCCAUACAUUAGAAAGGGACAUCAUAAUUCGACCCUGAACCGCUGUCACACUUCGGUUUUGUAGGAAGAGUCAUUUCUGUACGGUAGCACUAUUAUUUAUUCUGUGGAUAGGUACGUCAAAUCUAAUAUUUGACGUAUAUUAAUAUUCAAAUCGGGCCGAUAGUUUUCAAAGCAUUCAGCAACAACAUACAAUUUUAAUUAUUUUUCAUAUUGAAACCUUUCCAAAAUCCAUAUUAUUUUAAAUAAUGCGACAAUAUCACCGCAGAACAAUUUAAUUUGCUAUCCAGCUUACAGUUCCUUACUUUAAAAUUAUUCCUCAGAGAUCAAAUUUAUUUAAUUUUAUUUAAACAACAAAUACUCACAUAUCACUAUAUUUGAUAUAGUAUCGUUUAGUUAUAAAUGAAGGUUAUUUGUUGCAGCGUUGUAAAUAUUUCACAUUAAUAUGCUAAGUAUAUUGAAUGUACAAAAUGUUGUCUAUUUUUAUAGCUUUAGUUACAUUUUAAAGCACUAGAUUAAUAGAAUUCCAUCAAUUAUUCAUUGUAAAGAUAAAAACCAUAUUAACGUUUUUUUCUCACCAAAUGAUGUAAGUGCACCAAAUAAUAGUUAAAUAAAAUAAUGUCUAAACCUGAGACAGAAAUGUCUAUUCGAACACGUCACAACUACCUACAUACAACAGGUGACUUACUUAAGUUUUUUACCUAUACGUCGUUGUCAGGGCUUGUACUUUUAGUGUUAAUGACGUCAAUCCUCACAACCUCCUCUACUUUUAUUAAGCGCUAUUAGUGACCCUGCCUAUGAAGCCGAUGGUCCUGGGUUCGAAUCCCGGCAAGGGCAUUUAUUUGCGUGAUGACUUGAUGAGCACAGAUAUUUGUUCCUGAGUCAUGGAUGUUUUCUAUGUAUUGAAGUAUUUGUAUAUUAUAUAUAUUUUUGUCUUAAUAGGUACCCACAAGCCUUCUUGGGUUUCCAUAGAAUUUAGUUAAUCGGUGUUAGUGUCCCUAAAAUAUUUUUGAAAUGACCAGUACCUACCACGAUGACCAGUCUUUGACUGACAUUGUCGUUCAGAUUAACAAUAAAUAUAUUUUUAAAUUAUCUGACUGACUGACAUCAGACAUGUCCUUUUAUUAUGGCUAUAAAGACAGUACAUACCCUGAACUAAAACACAAAAUUAAUAAUUAAUCGUACCUUAAGGUAACAAGUUUCGCCAAACUUAUUUUAUUUACCACAACAUCCUGUGUGAAAAUGACGUAAUUUUUACGUCAUCCGCACUAAAAGUUGGAGCCUUUAUUAGGUAUUUAACGACACUUCUAUAUCACGUCACGCUAUAGUCCCUUUUCUCUGAUCAUGCCACAAAAUAUGUUCUAGUGGCUAUAAUUGCAGCGUACAAACUUUACACAGAAGCUUUACCGUCAGAGAAUGUUUGGAAAUAUAUUGAAAUGCUGUGAAUAGUGCUUUUCAGGCUUCAAGUCUUGUCUAAAUAUUUACUUACUGAUUAAAUAUUUACUUUACAGUGAAAUCCUUAAUGCCAAAGACAAAAUAGAAAAAAAUGUAAAUAAGCAAUAAAAUGAAACAAUAUGUGACCACGGCCGGAAAAACGUUCUACUUUGACGCUUGCCAUAAGGACGCCUUGACAGGUUAUUCGUAUAAAGAUACAAACAAAUCUCGUCCUUAUGGCAAGCGACAAAGUGGGUCGUUUUUCCUGCAGUCGUCACAUAUCAUGUAUUUAUUAACUUUAUUAUGUUUAUAACAGCAAAGAUACAUUGAUUGAGUAAGAUGUGUAAAAUCUAAGACAAUUUCGUGCUUCGAAUUUGACAGGUAAACCAGAUGGUGCUGUGUACAGCUGUAGCUCCAUACAUUUUGCGGUGACUCUGAUUAUCAAAAGUUGACGUUUGACAUUUCGGUGACCAUGAAACAUGGCACUGUACAGCGCCAUCUGCUUUGAAUGUCGAAUUCAGGGGCACGUUUUUUUGUUAGGCUUUACGUCUCUAUUACAAUCAAAUCUCCUUGAUAACAGCGAGGUGAUAGUUUAAAUACUAUAUGCCAACUCGUAAAUGCAAAAUAAAUAUGUUGUAAGUGACAUUUUAAUGUUUAUUUAUAUACAAAUAAACACAAAUUUUUAUGUGAACUCACCAAGUACGUCUAAACUGGAAUUUAAUAUGUUAUAAAAUUAAAAUGUUUGUAUUAUUGUAUUUUAAUGUAAUUGUCGAAGUUUUCACAUAAUUCCUUAAUGUUAAUAUUAAUUGUAUAUAUUGUAACAUAUAGUUAAGUACGUAUAAACGGAUCCAAAGACAAACGUGCAAUCCUAUGUCGUAAUAUAAUGAAUAAAGUAUGUUAAAGAUGAGUCACUUCAAUAAAAAAUGAUGUUUA